AUGCAGGCACAGCCUUCUCCUCCUGUUCCGCCCGGGACAGGUGCUCUGGACCCCGCAGAAUAUUACCUGAAGCGGAGACGGGCGGCCAUCGGGUGCACGUUCGCUCUCCUUGCAUUGUCUCUGGUCAUUCUAACAGUUGGUUUGGUGUCCUCAACGCGCACUGACAAUGUUGCUGUGGCAGGAUUUUACCCUGGAAUCAUUCUGAGCUUUGGGUCCUUCCUCGGUAUUCUUGGCAUUAAGCUUCUGGAGAACCGCAGACCCAUGCUCAUAGCAGCCAUCAUUUUCAUCAGUCUGGGGGUAAAGUCCUGUUUCUUCUGCGCCAUCAUCGAUGGAGUCAUCGCUGCUGAGUUCCUUGAUAUACGUCCGCUGAUGCAGGGCAGAUGUUCCUUUUACUCCAGUGGAAUGGGCCACGUGUACGGCAACUACUACGGUGGCACUGAGGUAACCUGUCAGCCCUACAACAAGAGGUGUGAACUCCGUGUGAAGACCAACAGCUGCUAUUGCUGUGAUUUGUACAACUGCGACAGCCCAGAGUACCAGGAGCACUACUAUGAGUUCAUGGGCGUGCAGAGUUGCUGGGACGUCAUCCACCUGCAUCGGCUGCUGUGGGCAUGUGUGGUACUCAACGUCACCGGCGUCUUCCUGGGCAUCGUCACUGCAGCCAUCCUGGGAGCUUUUAGGAACGUGUCCCCAGAUCCUCCACAGGCUUCUCUUGCCCCCUGCCCGCCUCCUCCUCCUCUGCCACCCCCACACAUGCUCUAUAACCCCACACAGCAUCUGAUGCCCUACCCGGGGUUCUGCCCCCCCGGACCCACCCUGCCUGUUUACCCAAACUACUCUAUUCCCAUGCAGCACCACAAUGGCUGCCUACCUCCCAACUCUACUGUUCCUCAGCCUCACGGUGAAGACUCCUCUGCCCCAUUACAAGAAACUCAGCUCAGCGACCAAAACCCAAGUUACCCCCCAAACCCCUCUACUACUGCCCCACAAGCUGACACCUCGGGCCCUGUUCUCACCCCUAAUGCCCCUACACUCUACGCCCAGCCCUGUAAUAUGUUCGAGAAGCCUCCCCCCUAUGCCUGCUGA